AUGAAGCAAGAGAAUCUCUAUGCAUCACAAGGAGGACCUAUCAUUUUAUCUCAGAUUGAAAAUGAGUAUGGAAAUAUUGAUAAAAGCUAUGGUCCUGCUGCUAAAACCUACAUCAAUUGGGCAGCAUCGAUGGCUACAUCUCUUGAUACAGGCGUUCCCUGGGUUAUGUGCCAGCAAGCAAAUGCACCUGAUCCAAUUAUUAAUACGUGCAAUGGAUUUUACUGCGAUCAAUUCACGCCAAACUCUAACCAGAAACCAAAAAUGUGGACUGAGAAUUGGACUGGAUGGUUUCUUGCAUUUGGAGGUGCUAUGCCGUACAGACCUGUAGAAGAUCUUGCAUUCGCUGUUGCACGUUUUUUUCAGCGAGGUGGAACUUUCCAAAAUUACUACAUGUACCAUGGAGGGACUAACUUUGGCCGAACAACUGGUGGACCUUUCAUUUCUACAAGUUAUGAUUAUGAUGCACCUAUUGAUGAGUAUGGAAUUAUUAGACAACCCAAAUGGGGGCAUCUUAAAGAUUUUCAUAAGGCCAUAAAACUUUGUGAAGAAGCACUUAUAGCUACUGAUCCAACAAUUUCAUCUCCUGGUCCAAAUCUAGAGACUUCAGUUUACAAGACAGGAUCUGCAUGUGUGGCCUUCCUUGCUAACACCGGCACGAACGAUGCAACGGUUACCUUCAACGGCAAUUCAUAUCACUUGCCUGGAUGGUCUGUGAGCAUUUUACCAGAUUGCAAGAGUGUUGUUCUAAAUACUGCAAAGAUUAAUUCUGCAUCUACGAUUUCAAGCUUCGCAACUGAAUCUGUAAAAGAAGAGGUUGAUUCUUUGGGGAGUUCAAGUUCGGGAUGGAGUUGGAUUAGUGAACCGGUCGGUAUUUCAAAGGAUGAUGCAUUCACAAAAUUUGGACUUCUUGAACAAAUAAACACGACUGCAGAUAGAAGUGACUACCUGUGGUAUUCAUUAAGCAUUGAUGUUGAAGAUACUGUCGGUGCUCAACCUGUUCUUCACAUUGAAUCCCUUGGUCACGCCCUUCAUGCUUUUAUAAAUGGGAAACUUGCAGGGAGUGGAGUAGGAAACAGCGGAAACGCUAAGGUCAAGGUGGACAUCCCUAUUACACUUGUAUCUGGAAAGAACAAAAUUGAUCUCCUGAGUUUAACAGUGGGACUACAGAACUAUGGAGCUUUUUACGACCUAGUGGGUGCGGGGAUCACUGGUCCAGUAACAUUGAAAGGUUUGAGAAAUGGAAGUACUGUUGAUCUCUCCUCACAGCAAUGGACAUACCAGAUUGGUCUUCAAGGUGAAGAUUUAGGUUUGUCUAGUGGAAGUGUUGGACAGUGGAAUUCACAAUCUAACUUACCUACAAAUCAACCUUUGACUUGGUACAAGACGAACUUCAUUGCUCCUUCUGGAAGUAACCCAGUUGCAAUUGAUUUCACGGGGCUGGGAAAAGGAGAAGCCUGGGUGAAUGGACAGAGCAUUGGACGAUACUGGCCAACAUACGUUGCUCCAACUUCUGGCUGUACUGACUCAUGCAAUUAUAGAGGAUCCUAUUCUUCAUCGAAAUGUCUCAAGAACUGUCCUUUUGUCAAUUUGCUCGUUGCUGACGGAUCCAAAUCCCGACGACCCUAA